ACCAUUUGAUUAAUAAAUUAUGGUUAUCCUCAACUUCUUUAAGAAACCGAAAUCAAGAGGAACAAUCAGUUCAGCAAAACUCAAUCAUCCUUACAAAAUUUCACUUUCCCGUUAUUCUCCUCCCAGACAUGGCCCCCCAAAACCUCUGUGGUUUCAUUUCUCAAUCUCAGCACAUCAUGAAAGCACACCUUCUUCACUUCUACACCCUCUCCCUCCUCUUCCUCUUCCCCAUAUCCUCCUCCUUCAUCCUCUCUCCCACCCUCUUCCACCUUCACCAACAAAUCACCACCAACACAAACCCUAGCUCUCUCAUACUAUUUCUUCUCCUAUAUUCCCUCUUUAUUUCUCUCUUCUCCACCUGUGGAGUCAUCAGCAUCACCUACAGCGUCUUCCACUUCUUCAUCAACGACCAACCUGCCAUGAUGAACCUCCGAUCCGCCAUCAAGUCCAUCCCGGCUUCCUUCUUUCCCUUCCUCACGACCACAUUCAUCUCCCAAGCCGUCUUCAUUUGCAUAUCUUUUUCAUACGCGCUUCUCUUGGUUCUUCUCACUCACAACAUGGCUGAGCUUGCCCGCGGAACCGGGUUGUUCUUUGUUGCGUUUCCUUUGCUGAUUGUGCUUAUGUAUCUUCAAGUUAACUGGACCUUAGUGCCUGUGAUCGUGGUGGUCGAAUCAUGCUGGGGUUUGGAGCCUUUCAGGAGAAGUGCGAGGUUGAUCAAGGGAAUGAAAGGGGUGGCUCUAUCUUCCUUGUUCUUCUAUGGAUUCUGUACGGGGUCAUGUGCGCUGAGCUUUUUUAAUGGAAUUACUUUUAAUUGGGCAAUAAUUGUGAUAUGUUCUUUUUUGUUUGCGAUGAUUAUGGCUUCUAACAUUGCGGUCAAUACGGUCUUGUACAUAUAUUGCAAGGCCAAUCAUGGUGAAAAUAUUGCAGAUAAGGAGUUUGGGAGGGAAUAUGUUAACUUGUCCUUCCAUGAUGGAAAUUCGCGUCUCUCAUGUUGUUUAUAAAUUUUUAAUGUGUUUUAUCUUUUAUUCUUACUGAUAAAAACAAUGUUAUUCAAGUCA